CAACUGCUGUCAGAGCUUCUGCGAGUGUGUAGAGGGAGGGUGUGUGGUCAAACAAGCUGUGUGGUGUGUUUUCACAAGUUUCAGAAACGAAUAGAUUCAUUCAAGAAGUGAGCAGAUGAAAAUAGUCAGGAUAAGGAUUCUCUCUCUCUUCCUUGGUUGUGGAUUACAGAUUUUUAUACAGAAGCUUACCAGUGGAUGAAGCCUCACCUGUUGGAUUUGAGUUGGAUGACAACAAUGGACAGUAGAAGUGUACUGUGAGGAGUGGAGGAGAUCAUGGUCCCUCAGCUCUGAGAGACAGGGACAGGCCGGACUACAGUCAUCAUGUCCAUCCGGGAGUGCCUAGAUAGCCCAGUGCUUGAGGAUGAGGAGGGUGAGGAAGGCAGAGGGGUGGAGAGAGAGUCGGACAGAGACAGUGCAGUAGAUAGCGCUUUGUCAUCAGAGAUAUCGGAUGAAGGGAGAACUGGACAAAAAGAGGAAGGGAUUGGGAUUUGCCUCCCAGGAGAAAAGUUUAGUCAGAUGUAUAAUCGCUCAGAGAUUUCGGAUCAGUCUACACAUUCAUCUGCCUCAUUAAAUGAGGAGCAGUUUGAGGACUAUGGAGAAGGAGAGGAUGGAGACUACACUCCUAGCAACCCCUGUCCAGACGAUGAGAUCCGAAUUAAUGGAUGCUCAGAUCUGGGCUCCUCUGUUUCCUCCAGUGCUGGUCAGACUCCUCGGAAGAUGCGCCGCGCUGGUGAUCAGAUGGAUGUGUUUUGCUCUCAGUGCUGUAAGAGGGUCAGUCUGCUCAAUGACCUGGAGAAUAGACUGAAAAACCUCAAAACCAACAGCCCGAACAGAAAGAUCUCCAGCACUGCAUUUGGAAGGCAGCUGCUGCACAACAGUAACCUCAGCAGUAGUAACGGCAGCACAGAGGAUUUGUUCCAUGACAGCAUUGACUCCUGUGAAUUAGACAUUACUGAGAAGGUAAGUUACUUGGACAAGAAAGUGACAGAGCUGGAAAGUGAGAUUCUGAUGAACGGGGAUGUGAAGUCCAAGCUGAAACAGGAAAACAUACAGUUGGUCCACAGAAUUCACGAGUUGGAGGAGCAGCUAAAAGACCAGGAGACCAGAGCGGAGUCCAUGAUGGAGGAGGAGCUCAGGAGACACAGAGAGGCCUACAGUCGACUGGAGAAAGACAAGAACACACAGAUAGAGCUGCUUAAAAAUCGAGUACAUCAGCUAGAGGAGGAAAAUGGAGACAUGACAAUGAACAUGAACAGACUAAAAUCCCAGACAGAGAAGCUGGAUGAGGAGAGGCAGCGGAUGACAGAUAAGCUGGAGGAUACGAGCCUGCGGUUGAAAGAUGAGAUGGAUCUGUACAAGAAGAUGAUGGACAAGCUACGACAGAACAGAAAUGAGUUCCAGAAGGAAAGAGAUACCAUGCAGGAGCUGAUUGAGGACCUUCGGCGAGAGCUGGAGCACCUCCAGGUAUACAAGCUGGAGGCAGAACGAAUGGGGCGUGUUCGCAGACCUUCCAUUAGCCUAUCAGAAUACAGCACUCGAACACGUGAGAGUGAGUUGGAACAGGAGGUCAAGAGACUAAAACAGAGGAGUGUUUCCAAGGACAUGCCCUUUGACCUUCAGCAGCUUGUGUCUGCUCGGGCACGACUCUUUCCGAGUCUGAUGGAGAACCAAAAAUUGAGAGAACAGAAUGAAGAUCUAAAUGGUCAGCUUCUCAGUCUGAGCCUCCAUGAGGCCAAAAACCUGUUUGCCACACAGACAAAAGCGCAGUCUCUGGCCAUGGAGAUUGAUCAUGCCUCCCGUGACCAGUUGAUGGAAGCCCUCAAGGAACAAGAGGAGAUCAACUUCCGUCUCAGGCAAUACAUGGACAAGAUCAUUUUAUCCAUUCUGGACCACAACCCAUCUAUUCUGGAAAUCAAAAACUAAAAACCUGUCAUAAGCUGUUUAGAAACAGAGGACCUAGAGCUCCCCCUGAGGUAGCACUGGACUUUAAAUGACUUGUGCCUCUAAAUGCACAAUAACUACAAUAUGCUGGUGUUUUGUGCACCUAUCUCAUGUUACAAAAAUGUAAAAUAUACUGGUGAAAUAUUCAUGCACUUUUAAAGGGCAUUUUUGUGGCUCUGUACAACACAAGGGAGUUUUCACUGGAAUGGCAUUAUGGUUAGGGUACUGAAAUUGCACCAACUAAUAUGUGAAUAUUUUAGCACUGGGUGUUCACGCAGUGUAUUGCGUUAUGGAUUGUUGAUAUUUGCUGAGUUUGCACUGGAAUGUGAUGAAAAAGGGUGAUUGAUUGAAAAAGAACUUAUUCAAUGGCCAUCAGAGCUUGUCCCAUUCAGAGUUGCUGUAUCUGAUGAGAGGAAAGAGAUUUUUGUAGGUGCAUAUGUAAUGAUUUUGGUAAGAGAAGGUUAUUUUGACUGUCUUCCUAUUAUAUGGCAUGUGAAGGAAAGAGGUAAGGAGAGACAAAUGAGAAGAAUAGAGGAGAGGUAAUCAGAGCUGGUAAUGGAACUUGAUAACACUGCCUGUUGUAAAAGAAAUCCAUUUUAGAUGAGGGCAAUGCUCUAGUCUGUGUUUGCAAUAUAAGGUUGAGAUGUUUAUUCUGACAAUAAGCCGUACAUGCUUCAAAAAUGAGUAAAAAUGCAGGAGGCUGAAUGUAAACUCUCAUUGUGAAUGAAUGUACAAAACAAGUAGUAUUUCAGGUUAUUUACAGGCUUUAGCAUAAUAGUUUAAGACCUGUCUGUUCAUCAGCUGAAUUAUGUUCUUAAUGGCCUUAAAAGAACUUGCACUUGUUCUUCCAAACUAAAAUAUUUAAUAUUAAGUUAAUAAUUUCAGAUGCAACAAUCUCAUGAUUUUCUAUAAUGUGCAAAUGUGAUGGGUAACUUACAAAUACAAAUAAACAUGUAAAUGAUGCAGGUCUACGUGAACACGGAUAACUAUGAAAUUUGUGUCUACAUCCUAGGGGGGUUUCAUAUUUGGUAUUUGAACUUUUUGAAUGGUAAACGAGUCUUACAUUUUUUUAGAGCAUACUAAAAUUACAAGCCUACCCCCACAAGCCUACAUUUGAGUGUAUUAUGAGAUCCUGAAAAUGUUAUUGUACACAUUUUCUCAUCAUGUCUCCCUUUUCACUCACUAAUAGACCUUUUUUUUUUCUUUUUUCUUUUUUCCAGUUACACAUUAAAUAAUUACUGAGCUAUAUUACACUUUAUAUGUGGGAUUUUAGCAACUUGUAAAUGAUGUAAAAAAUCUUUUUUUACUCUGUGCCACUCAUUGCUUUUACAUUAUCUCUCACUUUAUUUUGUAAGUACUUUACGCGUAGAAACACCAUGACUACUAUCUGAUUAUUUCUCAUUCUCUUUAUACAUUUAUAAACAAGGUGCUGGAAUAAAGACAGUAUUAGGUUUGUUUGUUUGUUUGUAAGAGAGCAGACUGGGUCAACAACAUGCUGAAUGGUAACACAAACACAUGCACACACACUUUUAUCCAGAAAGGGAUAUGUACACUUGCACAAAAUGUAUACCAAUUGAAUAAUAGACUGGUCUCAAAUGCCUUAGCAAUACUUAUGACUGUAAUGGGUUUAUUUCUGUUUCAGAUGUCUGUUAAUCCCUAUGAUUAAGAUGUGCAUACAGGCUUUUUACUUUUGCAUGUCAGGAGUUACUGAACUGUAACAGAAACUAACAGACUGAACUUUUAAAAUAAAACAAUACAGAAUUCCAUA